CCGAGGCCGUUGAGUUCCCAGACGACCGCCGGGAGGGGGACGACCGAGAGACUGAACCCAGGGCUGCGCGGUCAGACGCUAACCAGGGCGCGAGCGGGCGACGCCGGGCUUGCAGAGCCAACAGGGAGCUCCAGGACCAGCAGGAUGGGGGCCGCCUGUAUCAAAGUCACCAAAUACUUCCUCUUCCUCUUCAACUUGCUCUUCUUUGUCCUGGGCGCGGUGAUUCUGGGCUUCGGGGUGUGGAUCCUGGCCGACAGGAGCAGCUUCAUCUCUGUCCUGCAGACCUCUUCCACCUCGCUCAAGGUAGGAGCCUACGUCUUCAUCAGCAUAGGGGCCUUCACCAUGCUCAUGGGCUUCCUGGGCUGCAUUGGUGCCGUCAAUGAGGUCCGCUGCCUGCUGGGGCUGUACUUUGCCUUCCUGGUCCUGAUCCUCAUCGCCCAGGUGGCUGCUGGGGUCCUCUUCUACUUCAACAUGGGCAAGCUGAAGCAGGAGAUGGGCAGCAUCGUGACGGAGCUCAUUCAGAAGUACGAGGAGGGUCGUCAGGACAGCUUACAGGAGGCCUGGGACUACGUGCAGGCUCAGGUGCAGUGCUGCGGCUGGGUCAGCUUCUACAACUGGACAGAAAACCCCAGGCUCAUGAAUCACACCAACACCACCUACCCCUGCUCCUGCGGGAAAAGGAGCCAGAAUGACAGCAGCCUCCCACCGGAGAAGGGUUUCUGCCACGCCCUCAACGGAACCCAGGGUGGCAACAACCCCGAUGCCUGGCCCGUGUACCACGAGGGCUGCAUGGAGAAGGUGCAGGCCUGGCUGCAGGAGAACCUGGGCAUCAUCCUUGGCGUGUGUGUGGGCGUCGCUGUCAUCGAGCUCCUGGGGAUGCUCCUGUCCGUGUUCUUGUGCCGCAGCAUCCACUCUGAAGACUACAGCAAGGUCCCCAAGUACUGAGGCGGCUGCUGUCCCCACCUCCCUGCCCGUCCCCCAACCUCAGGGCCCGCAGGGCUCUCCCUGGCAUCCUCCUCCAGGCCUGCCUCCCACCUCACUGCCAAGAGUGGUGGCAGGAAGCAGGGGCGCUUUCUGGGGCCCGGACCCCUCUCCUUUGCUCUUCUGCCACCAGCCUUAAGCCCCCACUAUUCUGCGGCUCCUUCACUCCUUGUCUGCCAGCGUCGUCUUAGCAACUCAGAGAAAACGCUCCCUGCACAGGUGGGCUGGGUUUCUACCUGCCUGGGGGGUUGUAUAUAUUGUGUGGGAGAAAGUGUAUUAAAACCUUGGUGGGGGGGGGGGGGACAAGGUACCCUGGGCUGUCAGGGGACUGCCCACUGCGUGGGUCGACUUUGUUUCCACUAUGAUGCUUCUGUCCUUGUUUUCACAUUUUCCUGGAGGUGGUGGGAGGGGGUGGGCUUGACCUGACAUGAAGGACAGCACCCCUUCCCCAGCCUGAGCCAGCCCCACCCAGGCAGCUCAGACCAGUUUGGGCCACAUUGUGCAGGCAGGGCCUAGGUGAGCUGGGUUGAGGGGGGCUGCCUGGGCUGCGGGUCUAGACUGUCCCUGGAUGGUUUAGGGACUCAGAGGGGUGCGCCCUCUGGGGGUGGCACCGAGCUGGCCUUGCAUUUGCCAGGCUCCUGAGCUAUCCAGGGCCUGGGUGGGUGAGGCUGUGCCUUGUAGGGGGUGGGAAGGGGCCCUGUGCACAGUUCUGUAAAACAGGAAUGACUGAUUAUUAAAGAGGAUUUGUAACAA